AUGACUGAUUCAUUUGAUAUUGAUAAUAUAUUAUCUCAAUUGACAUUAGAAGAAAAAAUUGGAUUAGUAGGUGGAAUUGAUUUUUGGCAUACAUAUCCAAUUUCUCGAUUAAACAUUCCCAAAGUGAGAUUCACUGAUGGUCCCAAUGGUAUUAGAGGCACAAGGUUUUUCAAUGGUGUUCCUCUGGCUUGUUUCCCCUGUGGAACUGGAUUAGCUGCUACUUUUGAUCAUGAAUUAUUAUUGACAACCGGGAAAUUAAUGAACAUUGAAGCUAAAUUUAAAAAUGCGCACGUGAUCUUGGGUCCUACGAUGAAUAUUCAACGAGGCCCAUUAGGUGGCCGAGAAUUUGAAUCAUUUUCUGAAGAUCCUUAUUUAACUGGACAAAUUGCCAGUGCUAUAAUUAAGGGUAUUCAAUAUGAUAAUGAAAUUGGUGCCACGGUUAAACAUUAUGUUUGUAAUGAUUUAGAAGAUGAAAGGAGUGCUAGUGAUUCUUUGGUUACACCAAGAGCAUUGAGAGAAAUUUAUUUAGAACCAUUUAGAAUAGCUAUUAAAGAAAGUAAUCCAAUUUGUUUGAUGACAGGGUAUAAUAAAGUUAAUGGUGAACAUGUUUCUCAAAGUAAAUUUUUCUUGCAAAAUAUAUUACGUGAUGAAUGGAAUUGGCAAGGGACAAUUAUAUCUGAUUGGUAUGGGACAUAUACAAGUAAAAAAGCCAUUGAAAAUGGUUUGGAUUUAGAAAUGCCAGGAUCUCCAAUUUUCCGUAAUAAACAAUUGUUGACUAGUAUGAUUAAAUCAAAAGAAUUGCAUAUCAAACAUUUGGAUGAUCGUGUAAAGAAUGUUUUAAAAUUAAUUAAAUUUGCCAAACAGUCAAGUGUUGUGGUCACUGAAGAUGGUAAAGAAUCAUCGGAGAAUAACACUCAAGAAACAAGAGAUAUACUACGCAAACUAGCUCAAGAUUCAAUUGUUUUAUUGAAAAAUGAUAAUAAUUUAUUACCAUUGAAAAGGGAUGACGUCGACUUCAGCUCCAAGUCUAUUGCAAUAAUUGGUCCUAAUGCAAAAAUUGCCGCUUAUUCAGGUGGUGGGUCAGCCACUUUACCAGCUUAUUACACCACUACUCCUUAUAAUGCCAUUGUUGAGAAAUUAUCUUCUAUUUCCAAAUUUGAUAUUACAUCACAACUCAAAUAUACUAUUGGUGCAAAAGCAUAUAAAUAUUUACCAGAAUUAGGUCCACAAGUGAUCAAUCCCAAAACUGGUAAACCCGGGUUUUCCAUGAAAUUUUAUAAAAAGCCAAAAUCCGUUCCUAAUGAAGAUCGAGAAUUAUUUGAUGAAUUAGAUACAGAAAUAUCUGAUAUUUUAUUAGGUGAUUAUUAUCAUAAAGAUAUCCCUUCUAAUGGGUUAUAUUAUAUUGAUUUUGAAUGUGAAUUCACACCAUCAAAAACCCAACAUUAUGAAUUUGGUUUAACUGUUCAUGGUACAGCACAAUUAUUUAUUGAUGAUAAACUUGUUGUUGAUAAUAAAACCAAACAAAUUAAAGGAGUUUCAUUUUUGAAUUCUGGAACUAUUGAAGAACGAGGAUCAAUUGAAUUACAUCAAGGUAAAACUUAUAAAAUCAUUGUUGAAUAUGGUUCGGCACCUACAUUUACAUUAAAAGAUCAAGUUGGAGAAUAUUUUGGUGGUGGGAUUCGUCUUGGUAUGAAUGAAAUUAUUAAUGAUGAUGAACAAGAAAUCAUCAAUGCAGUAAAUUUGGCUAAAUCAGUAGAUUUAGUGAUUUUAAUUAUUGGAUUAAAUAAAGAUUGGGAAAGUGAAUCUUAUGAUCGUCCUGAUAUGAAAUUACCUGGAUUACAAGAUAAAUUGAUUGAAUCGGUAUUGGACGUUAAUCCAAACACCAUUAUUGUUAAUCAAUCCGGUACACCUGUGGAAUUUUCUGAAUGGUUGGAUAAACUGAAAGCUUUGUUGCAUUGUUGGUAUGGUGGGAAUGAAAGUGGGAAUGCCAUUGCUGAUAUUUUAUUUGGUAAUGUCAAUCCUAAUGGGAAAUUAUCAUUGACUUUCCCAUUGAAAAAUAAUGAUAAUCCAACUUUUUUGAAUUUUAAAACUGAAAGAGGUCGAGUAUUAUAUGGAGAAGAUAUUUUUGUUGGUUAUAGAUAUUAUGAAAAAUUGAAUCGUCAAGUUGCUUUCCCAUUUGGAUUUGGAUUAUCAUAUACUAAAUUUGAAUUUUUUGAUUUGAAAUUGGAGAAGAAAACAAAAGAUAAAGAAGAAGAAGAAGAAGAAGAAGAAAGUCUUGUUGUUUCAUUGUCGGUGAAAAAUAUUGGUAAGAUGACUGGUUCUGAAGUGAUUCAAGUUUAUGUAUCUAAAGUGGAAUCUGAUGUGAUUAGGCCAAUUAAAGAAUUGAAAGGUUUUACUAAAGUUAAUUUACAACCAAAUGAAACCAAAUCUGUUAAUUUGAAAUUGAUCAUUAAAGAUUCAGUUUCGUUUUUCGAUGAAUAUGCCAAUCAAUGGUCAGUACAACUGGGCCAAUACAAAGUUCAUGUUGGUAAUAGUAGUGAUAAUAUACCAUUGACUGAGAGUUUCACCAUAGAGAAAUCAUAUUUUUGGUCAGGACUUUAA